AUGGCUUCACUCCCUCAUGAUGUUUUGUUCGAAAUAUCAUCUUGGUUACCAGCAAAAGCCAUUUAUAAAUUUAGCUCUACUAGCAAAUUCUUCUCAAACUUUCCACGAGACAAAUAUUUUGCACUGAAACAGACUCAAAAUUCAUUGUCAAAGAUUGAUACUUGUUUGUUCUUUCAACCAGAUUUAACACAAAGAUACAACAACAACAUUGCCGAGUUACACCAUUUAUCUGGAGAGGAUCAUUCAUCAGGUGUAUCCAAAGUUUUUAUUAAUUUUUUGGCUAACUCAGCAAAGAUUUUGUCUUCAUCCAAUGGUUUGAUUCUUUUUCGUUCUACAAGUGACAACAAAGAUCAACUGUUUAUCAGCAACCCUGCAACACAAACUUUGUUGCCAAUUCCAAUUCCUGAUCAACUUUAUACGAGUGUUGAUGCAGAUCUCAAAGUUGUUCUUCAAUGCGAUGGACAAGAUAAUUGCAUGGUGUUUCUUUUUCAUGAUAAGGAGGAAGAUUGGUGUUCAAAUUUAGAAUGUAAAGUUUAUGCAACUAAAGAAGGUGUUUGGAAGAAAAAGGAAGGAAGUUUUUUUACUGGUAGUAGGAACUUGAAAUUUGACAUGCCAGUGAUUCACAAUGGAGUUGUUCAUUAUAUCUCAGAUUGUUUUCCUUAUUUUACAAAAGAUAGUCCUUAUUAUAGACCUUAUAUCAUGGCAUACAAUUUUGAGAAUGGAAUAACAACUAUGUUGAAUGUGCCAAAAGAAGCUAGAAGGGGUCUUCAUGAUAUUAGUUGUGACAUGAGAAUUUUUAAAUGGGGAAAAGUCAAUAGUUCAAUGGAUCAAUCAAUUUGUUUAGUGAGGUUGAGAAAAUGUGUGUUUACAAUAUGGGUUUUGACCAAGUAUGAAAGUAGUGUGUGGAAAAAGAUAUUGAAAUUGAGGGUGAAAGCAUUGGGAUUGAUAGAGAAAGAUCCUAUGGUAAAAGGUUUUAGUGUUAUGAAUGGUGAUCUUUUGGUGUUUGCGACAAACAAAAAGGUUUAUGGGUAUGGUUUGAGCUUUAGUAAUGAAAAUUAUAUGAGAAUUGAGGAAAUAUGUGAGCAUGGAUGUGAUGGAUCUAUGGUUAGUUUCACUUCUUACUCAAACACAUUGCGCCCAUGUGGUGGAGAUGAUGCUAAAGCUUUGUUGCUUACUUCAACAUCAUUCAACGAGGAACUAUAA